AUGGCAACCGAGGCUACCGCGCGCAAGUUCUUCACUGCGCCGUCGUUUGCCGUGGUUGGCGCCAGCUCCAACCCGGCCAAGUUUGGCCACAAAGUGCAUGCGUGGUACCUGGAGCGCGACCUACAGGUCACUCCCAUCAACCCCGCCUCCCCGUUCGUAACAGUCAAUGGUAGCGACCACGCCACGGUGCCCAAUGUUUCGGCCCUGGCCAACCCCAAAGAGACGGCCGUGUCCAUCAUCACGCAUCCAGCCAUCACAAUUGGAGUUUUGAAGGAGGCCAAGACGGCUGGCGUCCCGUCCAUCUGGCUGCAGCCGGGUACCUGGGAUGACGAGGUGCUCAAGUUUGCGUUGGCUGAGGGCACAUUUGAGGCUGUCGUCUACGGGGAGGGCGGCCGCGGUCAUGAUGGCUGGUGCGUUCUGGUCGAUGGCGACAAGGCUUUGAAGGCUGCCGGAAAGCUGUAA